AUGGCGAAUAAGGAGAUCACAACCAAAGGCGCGGUCGAUGUCGACGGUGAAGUCGCCGCUAAGAGCGUCGACCACAGCGAUGCUGAAUCGACGACACCCGUCGUUGCGAAACCGGAGCAGACUUGGAGAUCGUAUUUUUGGGAUACGUUCGACAAAUCACCUGAGGAGAGGAGGUUUCUGUUCAAGCUAGAUGCGAUUAUCUUGACUUUCGCUUCGCUAGGAUACUUCAUCAAAAAUCUCGACCAAAUAAACAUUAGCAGCGCCUUCGUAUCCGGUAUGAAAGAAGAUCUUGGACUUUACGGCAACCAGCUCAAUUAUAUGGUUACAUGUUGGACGGUUGGAUAUGUUAUCGGUGAAAUCCCAAGCAAUAUUUUACUCACCAAAAUCCGGCCCUCCAUUUGGAUUCCAGCGUGUGAAGUCGUCUGGUCAGUCUUAACGAUCUUGAUCUCAAAGUGCCAGACGGCAACACAGAUAUAUGUUCUACGAUUUUUCAUAGGGCUCGCUGAGAGCGCUUUUUAUCCCGGCAUGCAAUAUGUCAUUGGAUCUUGGUGCUGUAUCUUCCAUGCAAGCGGUACGAUAGGAUCCAUGUUUUCCGGUUACUUGAUGGCCGCGGUCUACACUCUUAACGGCACAGAUGGAUACAAGGGUUGGCAGUGGCUUUUUAUUAUAAACACCAUAAUAUCCUUGCCGAUCGCCAUCGCAGGCUUUUUCUUCUUCCCGGAUGUACCCGAAAUCACUCGUGCGUGGUGGUUGAAUGAGGACGAGAUAACGCUGGCAAAGAAACGUAUGGAAUUAGAAGGCCGAGCCAACCGGGGACCUUACACCAAGGCCAAAGUCAAGAAAAUCUUCUCGUCCUGGCACAUUUACGCGUUGACUCUUCUUUACAUUUUCUUCAACAAUGGUGUUGGCUAUGGUAGUCAGCCAGCUUUCGCGAUCUGGCUGAAGUCGGAAGGUUACAGUAUCACUGCCAUAAACUCCUAUCCAACGAUAGCAUCGGCUAUCGCUGUGAUAUUUACGUACAUAUACGCUUGGACGUCCGAUUCAUUGUUCAAAGGAGAAAGAUGGCCGGCAAUGGUGUUUUCAGGGGUUGUCAACAUCAUUACUAACACAAGUCUUGCUGUUUGGAAUAUUCCCGUCGGCUGGAAAUGGGCUUGUUACAUCGUAGGCACGAUUGGAGGAGGUAUCAGUGGGCUGACAUUUGCGUGGGCCCAUGAGAUUUGCAGCGAUGAUAAUGAGGAGCGAGCUCUUGUGGUGGGAACCAUGAACGAGAUGGCUUACGUGGUACAGGCAUGGUUACCGUUACUCAUUUGGCAGCAAGUCGAUGGGCCACAGUAUCACAAGGGAUUUAUCACCAUGGUAUUCAUAGCUGCUGGACUUAUUAUAACUUCUCUCACGAUAAGGUUCCUUCAUCGUCGAGAACGUGUUCAGAAAGCACGAUCAGUCAGCAUAGAAUAA